GCCACCGGCGGUCGGUCUGCAGCGCGUCAACUGCUGGUCCGACCUGGAGAGCAUCAUCUUCGCGGAGGGCAGCUCGCUGGGCUCGAGUGUGGCGGCGCCGCGGCCGUCGGUGCCCACCUCGCGCAUGGACACGUACCAGGACGACUGGCUCUAUUGGGACCAGAAGGCGAAGCUACGCGCCUCCUCCAAGCCGGAGGACCGCGAGCGCUGGGAGGAGGAGAAGACGCGGCGCAUGCUGCUCUGGCUGCACCACAGCCAGGCGGACGCGGCGCCGUACGGCUCCUGGUGGCAGGCCAAGCAGCGCGCCUCCGUCCGCUGGCUGGUGGCCAAGGCCUACAACUACCAGGUGCCGAGUAACCUGCGCGACCCGUACUACCGCGACCAGAGCGAUGGCGGCGAGCGACUCAAGCCACAGAUCGUGCACGCACUGGCCAGCGCCGAGCUCUACUGCUCCUGCCUGGCCAACAUCUACGCCGACCCCAACUACCACAACCUGUCGCACUGGGGCAUCAUCCAGGCGCUGGCCAGGAAGGGCGUGUACGUGGCCGAGCCGAGCGACGUGGCGCUCACCGAGACGGUGCUCAUCCAGACGGGACCCAUCAAAAUGAGCGCGCACAUGGCCGUGAUGGAGGCGAUCAUGGCGCUCUACAUCCGCGAGGUGAUCACAGCCGAGCGGGUGGUGGGCGUGGUGCGCCGCUUCACCCAGCUGCAGGCCUCCACCGAGCUGCCCGCCGACCAGGAGGAGGCGCUCCUGCUCUGGAUCAACAAGGCGUGCGCUCGGCUGCGGCUGCAGAUCGCCGCCGAGUGUCGCGCCCAGCCGGAGGAGGGCGGCGUGCCGAGCUUCCCGCUGCAGCAGGACAUGUCGGACCUGUCGGACGGCACGUGCCUGGCCGGCCUGGUGGCGCUCUACUGCCCGGACGAGCUCUCCUGGCCGGAGGUGGCCUUCUCCGACCCGCCGCGCAUCGCCGACAGCCUCUACAACCUGCAGCUGCUCGAGAAGUUCUGCCACGACGCGCUGCCCUAUAACCCGCACUUCCUCACGCUCGAGGACAUCCUGUACAUGCACAGCUCGGUGAAACAGAACCUGCUGGUGCUGCUAGCCGACCUCUUCUACCUGUUCGAGAUCAACCCGGCCAAAUGUGUCAGACAGCCCGUCAUGGGCAAGGAGAGGGUGAUAGAGGAGAUGCGCCGCCAGGGCGGCCUGGGCGGCAGUCCGCGGCGCUCUCAGCCUGACCUGCGCGGCUCAGCCAGCCAGGCGAGCAGCUUCUCAGGAGGGAAAUACCCGCACUCAGAGCCAUCUGUUGUCAUGCGGAGAAGUAGAGGCUCGCGCUCGGCCGAGAGAGGGAGGCAGCGCUUCAGCAUGUUUGAAGGUGGGUGCUGCGCCUGGGCGUCGCUGUACCCGGACUGGUGGUGGCGCUGUUCGCACCCGGCCACCGAGCGGUGCCACUACUGCUCGCGGCCCGGCCACCUGCCGUUCGAGCAGCAGUGCUUCCACCAUCUGGCCGACGCAGCGGGACGGGAGAGUCCGUCGGCACCGAGCGGCGGCUCGCGGCGGCCCCGCUCCGUCUACCCCGGCGACGACCGCUCCGUCUACCGCGACGACGACAGGUCCAACUCGGAGGAGAGCGAGUUCGUGGUGCAGCGCGCGGCCGGCCCGCUGACGCUGUCGCGGCUGGCGCACCAGCGCCGCUCGCAGAGCCCGCCGUCGUCGGUGCACUCGGACGAGCCGGCGGCGCCGCGCCGCCUCAAGGAGCGGCUCAACCGCGACACCAAGUGGGAGGAGCGCGGCGAGGAGCGGCGCGGCGCCGUCUCCGAGUGCGGCGACCUCGAGCGCCACCAGCCGGCCGGCAAGCCGUCGCCGAGCGGGCGCGGCGGCGGCGGCGGCCGACUUUCGCGGCGUAACUCGUUCUCGGAGGAGUCUCAGCUGACCGUGGAGAACUUCGGCGGCAGCCAGGACAACCUGCACAUGCUGGGCCGCAACCCGGACAAGCAGCCGGUGGUGCACCGCGGCCGGCGCGAGAGCAGCACGCACCGCGACCUGCUCAAGGAGAGCACCAUCAGCUUCGGCGACCGCGACCCCUUCCAGGACGUGGAGCAGGAGCGGGCGCUGUCGCGCAGCGCCAGCCGCCAGAGCCUGUACGAGACGCGCAGCGACAGCCGGCAGGAGCUGACGCGUCCGCCCAGUCGCAAUCUCUUCCAGGAGAGCACUAUCAAGGAGCACUUCAAGCCGACCGGCCGGCGCGGCGGCGACGAGCCCGCCGACGGCUUCCGGCCCAUCGGACGCGACGCCGACGACGGCGGCGUCGACAUCGACAACCGCGUGCUGGACGCCCUGGAGCGCGAGGCGCGCGGCGACUCACCCUCCAAGGGCAACCUGGUCAUCAUGUUCGACAACAACGACGAGCAGAAGCCGACCAGCUUCGCCGAGCUGUCCAAGGUGCAGCCGCGCGACAACGCCGGCGGCAUCAACAUCGUGUACAUGCAGCACGAGAAGGAGGACCGCGGCAAGGCGGCGCCGGCGCGCAGCAACGGCUCGGCGGCCGGCGCCGCCACCACCAGCUGGGUGCAGCAGCAGCAGAGCCAGCGGCCCGGCCUCCCGGCCUCGGAGGGCGCCCCCGAGCCGGACGUGAUGGCCUCAGAGCUGCACAGCAUCAAACUGCGCCUCGAGGAGAAGCGGCGCAACAUCGAGAAGGAGAAGCGGCGCAUGGAGUCGGCCAUGAGCCGCCAGAAGCAGACGGUGGGCAAGCAGGCGUUCCUGCAGGCCAUGGGACAGGAGAUGAGUCAGAAUCUGAGCCACAUGAAGGACAAGUGGUCUCGGGUGCCCGACGCCGCCGGCAGUCCGGACCUCGACAACAUGGACUACGACCAAUAUACCAGCUCGCUGCACAGCAUGAACGAGUCGCUGACGGAGCUGCAGGACGACAUACAACGGCUGUCGCAGCAGCAGUCGCAGAUGCAGCAGAUGCAGAACAUCAUGCAGAACGGCGGCCAGACUCAGCCGCCGUACCAGCAGGCGUACCAGCAGCCGCAGUACCAGCCGGGGCCGCCGCAGUACCAGGCCGGGCCGCCGCCGCCGCCGCCCGGCCAGUUCUACCUGCACGACCAGGCCGGUCAGCGCCGCCAGUGGGGACAGCCCAUGGCGCCCGACGACGUGUACCAGCACAUGUCCCCCAGCCGAGCCCGCUGGGGCCAGCCCGUCAGGCCCAUGAUGCCGAUGCAGCAGCAGUACGGCGCGCCGCCGGCCGACCCUUACUACCAGCCGCAGCGGCCGUUCCUGCUGCACCACGAGCAGCCGGGCUACCCGGGCGCCUACCACUCACCGCAGCACCACCGACUCGACGGCGGCAUGAUGGCGCCGCAAGGCAUGCCCGGCCCGAUGGCGCCGCCCGGCGGCUACCACCCGGACUACGCGGCGUACCCGCCGGCGCCGCCGCCACCGGCCGCGGCCGCGCCUGGCGGUGGCUUCCGUCUGCACGGCAGUCCGCGCAUGUACGGCGACUUUCAGUACGGCCGCGAGGAGCAGGGCUCGCCGCGCGUGCCGACGGUGCGCCGCAGCACGCCGCGGCGCCGCUCGCCCUCGCCGCGCGCCGCCGUCCUGCACGCGCCGCUGCCGGCGCCGCCCAUCGACGACAUGGCGCCACAGAACGUCUCCUUCAUCGGCGACCAGCAGCAGCAGGAGGAGGAGGAGGAACGGCGCCGGCGGCCGGAGCCGGAGCCGACCGCCGGCGGCCGCACCUACCGCCUGCCGCGGCGCUCCCCGGCCGAGCCGGCCGAGCGGCACGAGCCGUCGCCGCCGCGGGUGGUGUCGCGCGCGCCCUCUGCCGGCAAGACGUUCAAGGUGCACCGCUCGCCCAGCCCGCAGAGCCCGUCGUGGGCGGCGCGCCGCGCCGGCAGUCAGUCGCCGCUGGCGGCGGCGCGCGGCCAGCAGCAGCAGCCGCCGCCUCCGCCGGAGAAGGAACAGGACGAGCCGUCGCCAGAGGUGCUGGCUGCCAUGAAGGUCGACAAGAUCCGCGACAGCGCCGACCCAGAGCUUGGAUUUGUGAUAUCGUUUGACGACGACGCCGGUCCGCGGAAGCCGAAGCCGCGCCUGGGCGCCCGCCGGACGCCGGCGAAGACGGCCAGCUCCGGCGGCCUGGUGGACAAGCCGCGGCCUGCCAUCCCGCUGGAGGUGGACCCGAACCUGCCGCCGGAGACGAUGCGCCCGCUGCGGCCGCCCAGCCAGAGCUCGGCCGGCGUCGGCCUCGUGAUCGGCGACCAGCUGGUCAGCCCGCAGUCGGAGGCCAUGGACGAGAUGGAGCGGAAGAAAGAGCGCAUUCUCAUGAUGUCGCUGAAGAGGAAACAGGAUGCGGAGGCGGCGCGGCGCCGCAAGGAGGAGGAAGCUCUGGCGAGGAAGGAGGACGAGGCGCGCAAGGAGGAGGAGAAGCAACGCAAGAAGGAGGAGGAGAAGGCUAAGAAGGAGCGCAUCUUCGAGCAGUACAAGCUGAAGAAGGCCCGAGAGGAGGCGGAGAAGAACGGGACGGCGCCGCCUCCGAUGCCCAGCAAGCCGGCCGUGCGGCCCCGGCCCAAGUCGACGCCCAGCAAGCCACGGCCCAAGUCGAUGAUGGACGGCGGUCCGAUGACGCCGAGCCGAGGCGGCCGCGGCAGCAGCUCCAACCUGCAGGCCAUGUCAGAGGUGGAGCCGGCGGCUGAGGCGGCGCUGGGCAGCUCGCUGGUGCGGCACCGCAGCCUGAGCCGGCGGCGGCGCUCUAACAUAGCCGUGUCGACGCGCUCCAAGUCGCUGAGCCGCCGCCUGCAGACUCCCGAGCAGCUCAUGUACCCCGACAAGGGCCGGGAGGGCAGCGAGCAGUGGGGCUCGUCCUCCAGCCUGGCGGCGGCGGCCGGCUCGCGGCGGGGCUCCAACGCCAGUCUGUACGAGCCGAGGUACUCGAGACCGGUGGCGGGCCACUCGGGACGCAAGGUCUCCAACGACGGCGGCGGCAUGCGCAAGGACGGCCACCGCACGUCGACGGGCAGCUUGAGCGGCACGGCCGGCCGGCCCCGCUCGCGCAUGGGGCCCCGCACUGGCAGCUCCAGCUCGCUGUACGAUGACGAUUCGGGCGGCUACCGGAGAACCCAGUUCGCCCACUCGGGCCGACGACCGUCAGGUGAGUGGAGCCCGGCCACUGGAGCGGGCCGCCCUGGGCCACGCUCCUGCCCCCCGGUCACUGGAGCGGACCGCCCCGGCCACGCUCCUCCCCGAGACCUGUCAGCGACGGUGUGGCCGCUCGGCGGUGGGCCCAUUUGCUGGGCGCUGGUGCGGCCGAGGCCGUGUCCGUCCCACCGCCGCUGUGAUGAGUCGCCGCCGCUGUCGGCCGCGGAGCGCGCCGGCGCCGCCGGCGGCCAGCGGCCCAGCCUCAGCGGCGAUGUCAACCGUACCUACUCGAAGGCGGCCGGCGUCGGCGGCCGCCGCCAUCACCAGUCCCUGACCAACCUGUUUGGCACCGGCGGCGGCACGCCGCGCUACUCGGAGACGGACUCGGGCCUGGGCCGGGACACGCCCACGCGCCGCGGCGUCUCGCCCGGAGCGUACUCGCGCGGCGUGACGUCGCCGUCCGGUCCCGGCUCCCUGCCGCCCGGCCUGGUGUCGCGGCGACGCAACUACGGAGACGACGCCGCCAGCGACACCUCGUCCAUGGCCAGCUACGACUACAACGGGCCACGCCUCUUCAAGCAGCCGACCACCAAGUCGAACCGGUCGAUCCUGCUGAACGCCGUCGAGUACUGCGUGUUCCCGGGCGCCGUCAACCGGGAGGCCAAGCAGCGCGUGCUGGAGGAGAUAGCGCGCGUCGAGGCGCGCCACUUCCUCAUCCUGUUCCGGGACGCCCGCUGCCAGUUCCGCGCCCUCUACUGGUACGAGCCCGAGACGGACGAGGUGGUCAAGCUAUACGGCACCGGACCCAAGAUGGCCACCGACAAAAUGUUCGACAAGUUCUUCAAAUACAACUCCGGCGGCAAAUGCUUCAGCCAGAUCCACACCAAGCACCUGUCGGUGACGAUCGACGCCUUCACCAUCCACGACGCGCUGUGGCAGGGCAAACGGCCCAGUCUGCCCAGCAAGAAGGACAUGACCCUCGUGACGUAACGGCCGACCGACCGGCGCGUCCCCCCACCCCCCUUCCCCCCGCACACAUUCCGCUCUCGCGUCCGCCAACGUCUCAGCUAGCUCUAGACCCGUGGAUGUGAUAUAGCAAGUGGCUUGGUCAGCUGGCGCUCGGACGGCC